AUGUGGGAGACGGAGGAAAACCAAACGCUCUUGAGGAUUUCUAGCCCAAAGCGGCUACUUUGGUCCAGAUCAGUUUAUGCUGGGCUGCUUGGCAUCUUUGUCUUGGCGUUUGGAACGGUGCUCAUUAAGUGGAGGGCAGACAGGUCAGGCGGGGCAGAGUCCCAGAAUCCAUUGGGACUGCCUUCGGCUGAUCCAUUGCUUGGGGCAAAGUGGAUUGCGGAUUUUUUGGGCAAAGAGAUUCCCGCUGAUUUGCAGGAGCUGGCUGUGCUCAGGAGCCCUUCGCCGGCUGUUCCCAAGCGGGCUCUUGGACGAGUCAUUCGGCUCUCCAGGGCCAAACCAGAGUUGACAGAGGAGCAGAAGCUGAACACUGCAAACUGUGUGAGCACAAUCUGGGACAUGCUGAACUAUGUUGGCUAUGCAGGCUUGGCUAUUGAUACCUUGACGCUGAAAGGCCUCUGUCCGGACAAGGCAGGUGACACGAGCUGCUCGGCGAAUGUUAUCGCCCUCAUUGCCGACCUGACAGAGGUUUUGUCGGAUGCAGCCCAAACUCCACUGUGGUGCUUGCCGGACCUGUCGCUUAGUCCCCAAGAUUGCCUGGUCACAAUGUCUGCCUACUUCACAUCUGUCUCGCAGAUCGUUGCAGAUGGCUUGGGAGAGGUGCCUGACUGUGACCUGGUCCCAAAGCUCGAGGACUACGUCCCUGCUGUGGCUGACUUCAAGGACAGGGUCCAUCGCAGGAUCCUGAAGCUGAAGUCGAAGUCCUUCCCGCAGCCUCGCCCACGCUUACGUCACGGCACAAAGAUUGCCGUCUUGCCAGCAGACAGGUGGAACAGUUUGGAGGCCCGAAUCCUUCAGGAUAUUGCCGAUCUAGGUCUGGAUGACUCUCGAAGGAUUGAGCUUGGCAUUUGUGCGAUGUCCAUCAUGCAGGUUGUCAAUGACUACCCAUCCUAUGCAAUCAACAUUUGGUCGGCCGUGGUGGACUGCGCCAAAAAGACGAAACUGGAAGAGGCCAAGAAGCACUCGAACAAGGUGGGGCCGGACAAGGAGUAUGAGGACGCAGUGAAGGUCUGUGUUGGCGAUGCACUUGGACUACUUGGAAGCUCCGUAAACCUGGCCACAGACCUGGCUGUCAUCCUCGCCGUCUGCCCAGGCCCCAACUCUCGCUCGGACGCCACGGCUUGCGCGGCGGACGGCCUUGACAUCACAUCCAUUACGUUGAGUUUGGGGGGAUGGGGCGCGACUGCAGACCUGACCUGCAAUGACAAGAUGUUCGCCACUCCAGCACCGGAUAUUGUUAGAGAUCAGCGGUCCAUUGGCUAG